AUGGUUUUCUGUGUAAAUGCAGUUGAAAAUGGAAGCAUAGACCCAAAGCUGCAAAGGGUAGAAUUUGGAGUGGUUCUUGACUUGGCUUCUUCAGUGGGGAAGAUGGCAAAUGGUUACAUAUCCAUGGCGCUCUCUGACUUCUACAUUAGAAAUGCUAGUUAUCGUACGAAGCUCGUUCCUUUAGUGAAGGAUUCUGGGAAAGAUGUUGUUGAGGCAGCAUCAGCAGCUACAAGCCUUUCAUUGUCUCCAAUCCAGAACCCAUUUUUCAUUCGGACAGCCCAAGAUGAUUCCUCACAGGUGAAAGCUCUGACUUCCAUUGUUGAAGCAUAUGGAUGGAAAGAGAUAAACAUGAUAAUGACAAGGGAGACAAGGAUACUGUCGGUUCACAUGUCCUUUUCUCUCGGUUUGAAACUCUUUCCGCUUGCGAAAGAGGUAGGCAUGAUGAGUGAAGGGUAUGCAUGGAUCAUCACUGAUGGGUUAUCACCUUUAUUAGAUCCCUUGGGAGCAAAGGUCAUUGAUUCUAUGCAUGGUGUUGUGGGUGUAAGGCCCUGUUUGCCAGAGUCCAAACGUCUUCGAGAUUUCAAGACUAAACGGAAUAAGACUUCAGGGGAUGUAAAUCUAUUUGGCUUACGGGCAUAUGACACUGUAUGGGCGUUGGCUAUGGCUGCUGAAUUGGUUGGACAGCUAAAUCCAAAUGCCUUUAGAAACAAUUUUGGCAUGAUAAACAGCAGUCAACCCUUUGGCCUAAAAGUCUCAAAAUCAGGUCCUGAGCUUUUCCAAAUGUUGCAAAAUACUAAAUUUGAAGGCGUUUAUGGGAAAUUUAAUUUGACUGGAGGGCAACUGCAAGCUACAGAUUUUGAAAUAAUCAAUGUGAGAAGUACAAAACAGAGUAAUGGUACUUAUGACGUGCUUCUUACUCAGAUUAAACUUAAGAAAUUUGAUGCUGUAGUAGGAGAUACUACAAUCAAUGCAAAUAGGAGUACAUAUAUUGAUUUCACAUUGCCAUAUUCAGAAUCAGGUGUCUCAAUGAUUGUGAAAGUUAAAGAUGAUGAAACCAAGAAUAUUUGGAUUUUUCUUAAACCUCUUAGAUGGGAUCUUUGGUUAACUAUACUCUCCGCCUUCAUCUUCACUGGGAUUGUUAGUUACACUGCUAGCUUAGCAUCAAUGUUAAUGGUACAGAGAAUGCGACCAGCAUUUAUUGAUGUUAACGAGAAUAGUUUUGUUGGAUACCAAAAUAAUUCCUAUGUAGAAGAGCUAUUAACACAGCAGUUGAACUUCUCGAAGUCUAGGCUAAGGCCUUAUACUUCACCGAAGGACUACCACGUUGCAAUGUCCAAAGGAAGCAAAUAUGGUGGAAUUGAUGCUAUCUUCGACGAAGUCCCCUAUGUGAAGCUCUUACUGGCUAAGUACUGCUCUAACUAUAUAGUGGUCGGACCAACCUUCAAAUCCGGAGGCUUUGGCUUUGCCUUCCCAAAAGGGUCAGCUCUUGUGCCUUACUUUUCUAGGGCAAUCCUAAAUAUCACUCAGGACCCUAAUAAAAUGCAAGAAUUGGAACGCAAAUAUUUUGAAGAUGAAACCAAAUGUGAAGAUCCGGGUUCAACAUUGUCUACGGAUAAUCCAAGUCUGAGCGUGUACAGUUUUGGUGGCCUCUUCAUCAUCACGGCAAUAGCUUCAGCUUGUUCAUGUCUGAUACAUUUGGCAAAACAUCACUCUAACCGGUUCUCUACUCUGAACGCUAGCCAGUCAGAAAGAGCCCUUUGGUUUAGAGUUACUAGAAUGGAUGUCCCUUUGCAUGACGACAGAGGUGGUGAGGUUUCACUUAGCAGUAAUGGAAACCAUUUACACAGCCCUUCAACAGCUUUAAUCACCAUCCAACAUGCUGUAAAUCAGACCACCGCAGUUGAUGAUGAAGUAGAACAAUUUCAUCGUAUUCAUUCUGGUCAUUAUACCUAUGGAUGUGCCUAA